AUGCCGCUCGUUGUUUUAACGGGAUACCCCUGCUCUGGUCUCACCCACCGCGCCAAUCAACUCGCAUCUCUGUUCGAGAAACACCAAGAUGAAGUAUUCGCAGCGGCCGAAGCAGGCGCGCAGGUUUCGUUGAAGUCUCGAUACAAGGUCCAUGUGGUCGCUUCACACGAUUCCUCCCACCCACGAAUUGUCUACGACCAUGCCCGCACCGAGAAGGAGGCGCGCGGUGUCGCCUACGCGAGAGCCAAGCGCGUGCUCAAGCGGGACAGCAUUGUUAUCCUCGACGGAAUGAAUUAUAUUAAAGGAUGGAGAUACCAACUGUGGUGUGAGGCGAAGGCUGCGCAAACGACAUGCUGUGUGGUUCACGUUGGAACACCCGUCGACCAGUGCAUCGCCAACAACGACGCCCGACUGCGCCGAGACGCCAGAAAAGAAACGGACGCACAGACACCGGAUGCGCAGACCUCCAAACCCGAAGAUACCUCCGCACUCGACUCCGUAGAGACUACCGAGGACACCGAGGAGGCCUACCCAUCCGAACUGCUCAACAAUCUCAUCUUUCGCUACGAGGAACCAAGCACCCACAGCCGAUGGGAUAAGCCCCUGUUCACAGUUCCCUGGGCCGAUGCAGAACCCCCGGUGGCAGAUAUAUUCGAAGCCUUGACAGGCGUAGUCAUCCCAUCAAUGGAAAGCGCCACCGAAACACCCAUCCCAAGCCUAAUAGAAUCCCUCACAUCCACCACCAUCUCAGACGUUGCCAGCACAGCAACAGGCACUCGAGGUGGUGGCCGCAGCGGCCUCUCCACCCGCGCCCGAAUCAUCCCACACCAAGCCACUGUCCAAGCAGCAGCAACAGACUCGAACGCAAUGUACGCAAUGGAAAAGCGGACGUCAGCAGUUAUAACUGCAAUCCGCAAUUUCACUCAGUCCUACCCGUCCGCGCAUGUAGCGCUUGCCCAGAGCAGUCGCCCCGAUGCAAUCGCGAUUGAGGUUCCGGAUGCAACUGUCCCCAUCCUUGUCCCAUCUCAUGUCGCCAUGACAGGAACAACGGAUGAACUUGCCGCUGCCGGUGGAGUUCUGGCUCUCCCGCGGCUGCAGAGGCUGCGUAGGCAGUGGAUUGGCUUGAAUAGAUCGUAUAUUGGCCGGGGUCAUGGUAGUGGAGGCGGUGCACUGACGGCUGAUCAGAUUGGGGAUGCAUUUGUGCGGUUUCUCAAUGCUGAGUUCUCGGGUGUGGUUGCGGAGGCUGCUGAAGAAUAA